CAGAGGCGCUCUGACACCAUUCACUCCAGAGUCCUACACGUCCAAGGACCUGCGCGCAGACACGCUCUGAACAGCCCCUCACGGACUCCUUUCUCCAUUGGAGAUUAGGGCAUCUUUUGGAUUAUUUUUCAUUCAAGACUUUCAGAACAGAGAAAAAACAGUGCGCUUUCACUUGUCCUCAGAGACAAGCAGCUGUUUUUUAUGUGUGGUUUCUCAUUGCAUUCGGUCAAAGUGUGAAGUCUUUUUUUUUUUUUUUUUGCUAAGGUGAAAGACAAGUGCAAUGUGCGCUAGACUUGUUUAUUGGAUUUGCCUCACGCGUGCGUAAGGAAGGUAUAUGCUGUGCUGGAGCGCAGGGCUUUUUCAAGAGGACGCAGCUCAAUGUGAAUAAAAAGAAGACUGCUAAGCCCGAGAGUUUCAAGCAAGUACAAGCAGCGCGUCUGGCCGACCUGCUCUGACGACACCGUUUCCCUCCCUGAGGGGAUGGUUGUGGAUCCUCUGGAGCCAGGAGCGACUCAGGGGCUCCUACGCGGCAGCACAUUUUUCGUGUUUGAGGGAGACUUUACAGUAAAGGGAGAUGAGAGCCACAAUUUGCUGCUUCCUGCUGUGGACGACGUACCUGCUGGCCACUGCUGAGAAGGAAGUGGAGUUUCCACAGGAGCUGAUCGAUCGACUCUCCAACAGUGAAAUCCACAGCAUCAGCGACCUCCAGCGGUUACUGGAGAUUGACUCCAUAGGUACGGGAAACGAUGUUGUUGAGGAGCACAAGCACCACAAGCACCACAACCACCAUAAGAACUCGUCCCAUCAUCAUGGUUACUACAAUGAACUGAAAAGCUCCCAGUUGCACAGCCGACGCAAGAGGAGCAUUGUCGAAGAGGCCGUCCCGGCAGCAUGCAAGACGCGGACGGUGAUCUACGAGAUCCCCCGGAGCCAGGUGGAUCCCACAUCUGCCAACUUCCUGAUAUGGCCACCCUGUGUGGAGGUGAAGCGCUGCACAGGAUGCUGCAACACCAGUAACAUGCGCUGUCACCCUUCACGCAAGCACCACCGCACCGUUAAGGUAGCCAAAGUGGAGUACGUGAGGAGGAGACCCAAGCUGAAGGAGGUCUUUGUGAGGUUAGAGGACCACCUGGAGUGUGUGUGUACAUCACAACAUCAUGUGGUAGAACACUUAGAUGCAGAAACAGCAGAUGUGAGGUGAAACCUCCCAGACUAAGGGGCAGCAUCACGGGAUGGACCUAAACCAGAAGAGGACACCAUCUUCUUUGUCUCUCCACCCACCAUGCAAACAUUGUUUAAGGAAAAUAUACUUUCUCCAAAAAGUCUUGAGACUGAAAAAUAGACAACAGACUAAAAUACAGAAUGCCAAAGGUGCUUUCAAAACUAGUAAUGAUGAGGGCAACUGAACUGUGCUGCUGAUUACGAAGUAAAAAAGAAGAUGCCAUGAAGCUCAGACUUCAAGAGGAUGGAAGGAAUUUGGGAUGAACAAUUCAAAAGACACGCAAAAUGGAAAAUAGACUGUGGGAUCAGACUUUUUUUUUGUGAAUCCAGUGCUAUAACUCAAAGUGCCCUGUUUGUAUAGAAAAACUGUUGCAUUCAUAAAAAGAAAGCAAAAGGAAGAUGGGAAUAAAGACGCAAAGAAACAGUUUGGGAGUGUUCAUUUUGCAGGACUAUAAGAGGCAGCAAACAUUGAAACUGGUGGACAAUUUGUUCUAAUUAAGGAAGAAACAGCCACAGAGACUUCCGGUUUUGAAAUUGCCUUACCUACUAUGUACAUAUAAAUCUUAAAAAAAAAAAAACAGAGGAUGCGCCGCUGCUUACAAACUAUUUAUGCGUGUGGACAUUUGCUUUUGUCACUUUCAAUCUUCAAGAAAGGACAAAAAAAAUAUGUUUUAUUAAUUUUCGCAGACAUACUGAUAUGUUUGGUCCAGUCCUUUGCUUUCACCAGUAUCACAAUCUCAGUGUCAUUUUUGUUUUUUAGCAGUUUUUUUUCCAUCGUCAACCAUGUUUCGUAUUAUAUUGCAGUAUAUCUGAUUGAUGUCAAGUCUUGCAUAAGGUUCAGAUGUAUGUGUGCAAGGAGGAGUCAGUAAAGGAAGAUGUUUUAUUUUUGUUAUGAAAUAUAUUAUGCAUACUUAUAUCCAAGCAGGAAUUAUGUUUUCUUUAUUUUCUUUUGAAAAUGCAAAUAAUUUUAGCAGAUGGUCAAAUUGGUAAGGUUGAAAUCUGUUUGCAUCACUGUUGUGCAAAGGGUAUAAAAAAGGAGAAUCAAUAGCUAGUGGUGGUUUACAUUUCCUUAUGCUGCAGUCAUGCUCCUUUUUUGAGACAAACAAACAAGCAGAUAUCACAAUAUGUCGAUGACAAUCUCAUAACUAUACCAGAAAAAGCACCACAGUGUGCAGAUCUAAGUAAACAUGUAGUUGGAGCUGGGUCUGAAAAUGCUACAGGUUAGUGAGCUGAAUCCAAAUUACAGACAUUUUUGUCUGACAUCCAUGUCAGAAGUGAAAGAAAAUUUUAUGUGCACUUGUGUUGAAUUAAAGAUACAUUCCUUGUUUUGUGUAAGGAUGCCUGUAGAUCAAAAAUCUGUUAAUGGAUGCUAAAAACUUGUAAAUGCAGCAGAGACUCAGUAUCCAGCAGAAAUAUAACCAGAGCUACCGUAGGAUGGAAUGGUUUUGAUCAAAACACAUUUAUGUGCUGAAAUGGCCCAAACAAAGUAAAGAAUCCAGUUAAGAAUCCUUGACUAAACUAGAAUACUGACUUUCUUGUUAGUUUCCAGUGAUCUGUACUUCUAAAUGUGUAAAAAAAAACAAUAACAUAAAAUUAUACCAUAAAAUUGGUCUUAUUAUGGUAUGCAAAAUGUAUCUAAAUUAACAGGAAAAUUUGGUUAGAGGUAUUUUAUGUCCAUAUCAUGAAGCACAACUAUAUAAGUCACUGAAGUCCUUUUUCUUUUCUUUUUUUUACACAUAUUUUUAGUGAUUGUUUUUUGCAAACUGAAAAUCCCUGUCUACAAAUAAAUUAAAGGUUAAAUUAA